AUGGCACCUAAGGAAUACAAAAAAGAGGAAGAGCAAAUUGCAAAGGCUAGUGCCGAUUUUUUGCUUCGUAAAGAUUUUACCGGUCCCGGAGAGCCUCGCGGCGUUGGUAAAACCUGGGUUGAUCGAUUCCUUACUCGCUUGCCAGAGGGUUAUCAAAGAAUCAAGCAAAAACCGCAGGAAGUUGAUAGAACAGGAGCCGAGCAUUAUGGCGAGAUUGAGUGCUGGUUUAUCGACUUAAAACUCGUGAUGCAAGAGCUUCAUAUUACACCCAAAAAUCUAUGGAACUUUGACGAGACCGGAUUCAUUGUCGGACAAGGAAAAAACGAAUCAGUGGUCACAAAGUACCCAAAAACAGCAAAAAGAGUUUCCUCUUUGUCUUCUCGAGAAUCUCUUACCGUCGUUGAGAGUAUAAAUGCCGAAGGGAGAGUCAUUCCACCGUUAAUUAUCCCAAAAGGCGAAAAACAUAUGGAGGAAUGGUAUCGACAUAUACAGGAUCCGGAGUGGCUUAUUGCUCCUGCUUCAAAUGGAUUUAUCACGGAUGAGAUCGCAUUUGAAUGGCUUCAACAUUUUCAGCACUAUACAAAGCCAGAAUAUACGUUCGAAUGGCGAUUAUUAAUUAUGGAUAAUCAUACAACCCAUCUCACUAUACAACCUUUACUCCGCGAAUUAUUCGCCACGGUUGGAAAGAUCGAGGGAUUUGGCCAUAUAAUCCUGAUAUCGUAUUGA